AUGCAAUCUCUUCCAUUGCAACGAGACGUGUUCACCAAUCCACCACCUGAGGCCAACCUUCCCAACGACAAAAUACUGAAGAUCGAACUACCUCACUACGGUUUGGUUGAAGCAAGCUCAUGUUUCUUUGACACGUAUUAUCCUGUAUUUACAAAGGAUCUUGAAAUGAAAAGUGCACCAUUCGACCCGUGUUUUCUGUACAAGAUUACCAAAGGUACAACAACUGGCAUUACUGGACUUGCAAGUGACGACUCCAUGAACACAGGAAAUGCAGACUACGAAGAAGCAGAGGCUAAGGCUACCAAAGGUUUCAUCACGAGGAAGAAAGUGGAACGAAAACUACGGUUCUUAGGAUUUGUCAUUGGCCGGGAUGAAACACAAAUCUGUAUCUACCAGGACAACCACAGCAGUCGACUUGAAACACUAGAGACAGUCGAUCAUGACCGAUUCAGAACCAUCCGAGGCCAACUGUUAUUCAUCGCGCAGAGCUCCCGACCUGCCAUUGCAUACUCUGUCGCUCAGCUGUGUCAAGUUCAGUACAAGACAAAAACGCAACGUGAUGUUAACGCUUUGAACAACACAGUCAAACAUCUGCAGGCUACAACAAAAUUGAAGUUGCAAUACAAUAAGCUCAACAAAAACAAGGUACGACUACUUGUGUUUAUGGACAGCGGUUACAACACGAAUAGGGAUGGAACAAGUCAACUUGGCGUGAUAAUAUUCAUGGCAGACGACAAGAACAACUGUCAUUUUCUUCACUGGAUAUCUUCGAAGUGUCCACGAAUCACCCGUUCUAUGCUAGCAAGCGAAACGUACGCAUUUUCUAUGGGCUAUGACUAUGGUGUUAGUCUAAAACUGCUGUUCAAGAAAAUGAACAUGGAUAUUCCACUGUUCAUCUUUACUGACUGCAAAAGUAUCUUUGACACCAUCACGGCAUCGAAACGACUACGUGAACUAAGGCUAAUGAACGAGAUUGCAGACAUUCGAAGAGCGUACCGCGUGGGCGAAAUUGACAAUGUUGCAUGGAUUCGCUCAAAGCAGAACAUCGCCGACAAUCUCACGCGCCACAAUGGCAAUGACAUUCUGAAGAAAGCUAUGGAGACUGGACGUAUUGACUUUGUCAUAGAACAGUGGGUUUACAAGAACACCGGAAACGGCCUCCUUUAG